AUGAAUAGUGGUAGUAGACGUCUUUCUCUCAUCGCAAGCCAUUUAGCGUCUAAUAAAAGCCGCCAAAUUUCGACUAAAACUUUUCGAAACAGACACGACUACACGUAUUUUCUGCCUAUCCAAACAAGGAAAACGAACCGUUAUUUGUCUAAUGCAUUAAUAAGAUGGUCCGAUGCCGAUGUCUAUGGUCACAUUAACAAUUCAAUUUAUUAUCAUUACUUUGAUACAGUUAUUAACGAGUACUUAAUCAAGCAUUGUGGCCUAGAACCCAAUCACAAUAACAACACAAAGCCAAUCGGUCUUGUGGUUGCAAGCCAAGCCAACUUCUAUGCUUCAGCAACAUAUCCUAAUGUUAUACAGGCUGGUCUAUGCAUUACAAAAAUUGGAAAAUCAAGCGUUACUUAUCGCAUUGGUAUAUUUGAAGCAGAGAAUCCAUUGGCGUGUGUUGUCGGUGGAUUUACACAUGUUUUUGUAGAUCCAGAAAACAGGAGACCUGUCCAAAGCUUACCAAAAGAAUUUUUGGAAGGUAUGGAGAAAAUGCUGAAAUAAGUAAAAAUAUACUAUACUACAUUGAUUUUCAUGCAAAUCAUAAUUGUCGUUAUAAUUUGAUAACCGUUAAUAUAUUAAAUGAAAAAAAUACAAUCAUUGAGCAUGG